UCUAAACUUACUAGAAUUCAAGUUCUUUAGGACUAAAGAGGUGUUAAUCCUUACACAUAUAACUUGCGCAUAUAUAUUUAUUUAUGCAAAUAAUUCUAUCUGUUCUAUCUAAAGAAUGUAGGCAAUAUUCUUACUAUGUUUUCAUUAUAUCUGGGGCUAAGAUCUUGAAUUCUUACUGAAGCUUGCUCUCUGUACUACAUUCUAAGGCUUUUGCUCUUAAGGCACUUAAACCAUAUUCUGACUUACUUACAACUUAGACUUCUACUUCAUAUUUCUGCAAGUUAAUAAUAUUUCUACUUACUUAAAACUAAAGCUUACACCUCUAUUUAAUGUCUGGGUGGCUUAAUGUAUUUUAAUUUCUUUAAAAGUUUUAAUUCAAAGCCUGCAUUCUGUUCUCUCUCUGAGGGACUCAGAGAGGCCUCUGUUUUUCAUACUCCAACACAUUCCCACCUGAGCCAUUCUCUGAUCCUGUAUCGCUAGGCUUGAGGGAAAGGAAAUCGGGACUGCUGACUCUGCUGCUCCCUAAUUUAUGACUUGUGCAAUGUCUCUGUGGUUAUAUCAGAUAUGCCUUGCAUGAUAAGCUCCAGAUGGGAGGUGUGGUGAAAAAAAUCAUUUGGCUUUAAGUCACAGUGUUUAACUUGAAUUAAUUCAAUAAAAAACAGUCAUGGUGAAGCAAGUAUGUUUAGAGAAGUUGUGGACACUGCUGUGGAUGUUGGUCUUUGUGCAGGUGCUUUCUCUGAACAACGCUCAGGAUGCUCACAAUGGGUAUCAGUCCCUUCUCGCUGAAAUUAAUGAUCCAAACACCAAAUACAUCCUGAGAACUGCGAACCGGCUCUAUGGAGAAAAGACAUUUGAGUUUCUUGCAUCAUUUAUAGAGUCGAGUCAGAAAUCCUACCAUGCUGGCCUAGAACAGAUGGACUUCCUGCAUGCUUGGGAGGAUUCCAGGAAACAAAUCAAUGGCUGGGUAGAGGAAAGGACUGAAGGUAAAAUUCAGAACCUGUUGGCAGAGGGGAUUCUGAAUUCUCUGACCAGACUUGUGUUGGUGAAUGCCAUCUAUUUCAAAGGCAACUGGAGAUUUAAACUGGAAGAAGAUUACAAUCUUAAACCUAUUUUAAGAAGCAUGGGAAUGCAUGAUGCUUUUGAGCUAGAGGAGGCAGACUUCUCAGGAAUGUCAUCUGACAAGGAGCUGGCGCUCUUUGAAGUGGUUCACAAGUCCUUUGUGGAAGUCAAUGAAGAAGGCACUGAAGCAGCUGCUGCCACCGCUGUUGUAAUGUGUGCGUGUACCUGUGUAAUGGACACAGCAGAAUUCACUGCUGAUCAUCCCUUCCUCUUCUUCAUCCGGCACAACAAAACUCGCAGCAUUUUGUUCUGUGGCAGAUUUUGCUCUCCCUAAGUAGGAGAUGUCUUGGCAGCAUAGGUGCAAUCACACAAUAAAUUUACAUUUCCCAAGAACAA